UGAAACUUUUUUGUUCCUUUUCUCUCCUCCUCGAGUGUCUUUAAAGAAAUCUCUUAUACUCAUAUAAAGGAUAUUAAACCAUAUUUUAACCCUACAGGAGAUGAUAUUUAAUCUUAAAUUGUUUUAUAAACCAAACCCAGUGCGGUCGUUAUGGUGUACCAGCUCAUGUUAGCAUGAUUAGCUGAUAUUUCCGUGCUAGCGCGGGGAAUCCAGAUGUUAAAUCCGAACGCGUCCUGAAGAACAUCUGGGUGGCGUUUGUUCGGCUCGAUAGGCCGCGGGUUGUCCUACAAGAAAUGCGGGUUUGAGGUGUAAAUACUCUUAUGACUUUCAUUUAGAGAGAAAUGUCAAAUCACUUCCGGAGGAAAGGAGCAUGGACAUUUCUUCCCCAGACCAGUUUGGCCAUGAGUGCACCCUGAGUAUCCUGAGUGUGAUAAAAUGGCUGCCGAGCUUUACGCUGCCAAGAAGUUGCCCUCGGUGGAGGCCACGGCGAAGGCGGUGCAGCAGUACCAACAGCAGAACAUCAGCAACAACAACACUGUUCACGGGUGCAACUGGCAAGGCCUUUAUCCCACCAUCAGAGAGAGAAACGCAGUCAUGUUUAACAACGAGCUGAUGGCAGACGUGCACUUUGUGGUCGGUCCUCCAGGGGGCACACAAAGAGUCCCGGGGCACAAGUACAUCCUGGCCGUCGGAAGCUCGGUGUUCUACGCCAUGUUUUAUGGGGAGCUGGCAGAGGAUAAGGACGAGAUCCGCAUCCCAGACGUCGAGCCACAUUCCUUCCUUGCCAUGCUCAAAUACAUCUACUGUGACGAGAUUGACCUGUGUGCGGACACUGUCCUGGCCACGCUGUACGCUGCCAAGAAGUACAUGGUUCCUCACCUGGCGCGUGCCUGUGUAGCAUUCUUGGAGACCAGCCUGAGUGCUCGCAAUGCCUGCGUGUUGUUAUCGCAGAGUUGCUUGUUUGAGGAACCGGAGCUGACGCGGCGCUGCUGGCAAGUGAUCGACGCCCAGGCAGAGCUCGCGCUCCGCUCUGACGCCUUUUGCGACAUCGACCUGCGCACAUUGGAGAGCAUCCUCCGGCGUGAGACCCUCAAUGCGACCGAGACGGUCGUCCUGGAAGCGGCACUCAGCUGGGCAGAGGUCGAAUGCCAACGCCGUGAGCUGCAGCCCACUGUCGAGAACAAGAGGCUGGCUCUGGGCGACGCCCUGUACCUCAUCCGUGUCCCGGCCAUGUCGCUGGAUGAGUUCGCCAACGGCGCUGCGCAGUGCGGACUGCUAACGCUUGCCGAGACCAACGCCGUCUUCCUGUGGCACACGGCAGCUAACAAACCCGAACUGCCUUUUGUCAGCCAGCCGAGGAAAGGGCUGACACCCCAGCGCUGCCACCGAUUUCAAUCGUGUGCCUACCGUAGCAACCAGUGGCGUUACCGUGGACGGUGUGACAGCAUUCAGUUUGCCGUCGACAGGCGCAUCUUCAUUGCCGGCUUCGGACUUUAUGGCUCCAGCUGCGGCUCGGCCGAGUACCAGGCCAAAAUCGAGCUCAAGAGGCAGGGGGCCACACUGGGUCUCGCUGUUGUCAAGUACUUUUCGGACGGCUCUAGUGGCACAUUCCCGGUGUUCUUUGAACAUCCAGUACAGGUGGAGCCUGACACUUUCUACACAGCGAGCGUAGUGCUGGACGGCAAUGAGCUCAGCUACUUUGGUCAAGAAGGGAUGACCGAGGUGCAGUGUGGGAAGGUCACCUUUCAGUUCCAGUGCUCCUCGGACAGUACCAACGGCACCGGAGUCCAGGGGGGACAGAUACCUGAGCUCAUAUUUUAUGCUUGAUGGACUUCUUAACAAGGUCGGCAAGGUCAAUCGACAAUCUUCGAGAGGACUCCAGUUUGUACGGAUGAACGUUGUCGACGAUAGUUUUUCAGGGUAUAUUUGCUUCUUUUACCCCAAUGUUCACACUUGCAAUGGUGUAUCAGUGGCACAUCAUAUCCUGAUUCUUGAAUGCUUUGUUGCCAUGGUCUACUCAAACAGAUGUCAGAAUCGGCAGCUUUCGGGUUUCAAAGCGGAGGUGUUUAGAGGUAUUUCUGCCUGGUGCCUGGCAAGCAUUAGGUCAAGGAAAAAUCAUUAGCAUGACAAUCACCUGUACACUCCCCAUUACCCCAAACCAAGUGGACAACACUAGAUAUUACAUUUUAAACUUAACACAAGAUUGCCUUAUUGCCUUCUCAGUUAGGCAGACUAUCAUAACACACGCUGGAAUUUCCUAACAAACCCAUCCUAACUUUUAACACUAGACUAAGACGCACUGUUCAGUUGUAAAGCUAACUUUAAGGCUACUUACAAAGGACUCUAGAAGUGUCCUUUGUCCUUUGAAGACAAAAUCUUUAGGAACCAGCUCGGUUAGCUAGCUAACAAUUUUUAUUCACCCCAACAACUUACACAACAAAUCGUUGAGUUCCUGCCCAUCAAGACAUUCCUGGGUUCCCUUGUUGCUAGUUCUUUCCUGUAACAGUGAGGAACAUGCUAAUCACAUAGAACCAUCAACAACUCUGUGGUGUUUGUUGCUUCCUGUGACUUUUGUUCUGUUUUUUUGUCUUAGCUUCAUGAGCAUCCUGAGUCCAGGUUGUAUCUUCAAUGCGGUGUUCCGAGUUAGUAAAUAGUCCCCAUUAAUCACGUUUUUUGUACACAUUUGCAUACAUUGUAAGGGUUUUAAAAAAAACAAAACACAAUCUAUAUUUUAUACUUGAUGUACGCUAGAUGUCGUUGUGUAUUCUGUACCGCGUGUACAGCUUCGAUGGGCUUUGUGGUGUAACGAUUGUUUUACAAUUCCAGCACUUUUUCGUUGUUUCUUGAAGGGCUUGAUGAUGCGUCGUGCUGCUCGUCACAUCGUAACUGUUCGUUUUUGGUUUUUAUUUUUUUCCUUUUAAUUUCCCUCGUGAUUCAGUAUUUUUCCACUGAUGAAGUGACACUUGUUAAUGUUCCGUUUGUUUUUCUUGAGGGGAAAAAAAAAUAUUCAUUGCACCUUUAAAUCAUUGUGAACACACAUACAAUCUCAAUAAAACCCAGUUGAAACACA